GUGUGUGAGUGUGUGUGUCCUCCAGCGGCGGGAGAUGAGCUCUCACACCCCGGCUCCCUCAUGGAUCUGCUGCUGUGUGUGUGUGUGUGUUCCCUCCUCCUGCGGUCUCAGGGGUCCAGUCACAGUGAGUUUGAGAUCUCGGUACCCACUCGUGUACAGAUGGGUGUGUACGGCGAGUCUGUGCUUCUGUCCUGCACCUUCCCGGUGAGCGGCGCGUGGGAAGCAGACAGUAGUGUGAUCACGUGGCAGCGAAACCUAGAGGUGGUUCACAGUUUCUUCAAUGGCAGAGACCAGCCGAAGUACCAGAGCCCGAGAUACGCCAGGCGCACCAGCCUGUUCCACCAGGAGAUGAAGAAGGGGAACGCAUCGCUCAGGCUGGACCGUACCACUCUGGAGGACGCGGGGGAGUACACCUGCUCCAUCAGCACUAAGCUGGGCAGCCAGAGGAAGAGUUUCAGCCUCAAAGUAGCAGCGUUCUACCCCGAGCCUCGUCUGCACAUCUCUGUGCUGAACGACGGCCACCUGGAGGUGCUGGUGACCUCAGAGGGCGGGUACCCCUCCCCAUCGCUGCAGUGGCUGAUGGGAAAUGAGACAGACAUCACCAACAACACACACACGCAGCUGAUGCAGGACCAACACACACACCUGUACAGCGUGAACAGUAAGCUGAACCUGAGCGGCACCGUCAACUCCUCCAUCACCUUCAUCAUCAAGAACCCAGAUCUGGGCCAGGAGAUGAGGAGGAACAUCGACUUCUUCUCAGAGAACAGAGGCCAUGACGAAUACAAACAGAAAAUCACUAGACUGUUCUUCCUCGGACUCGGCACUGGGAUGGUUUUUAUAGUAUUAAUAAUAUUUUUUUUCAGGUGGAAAAGGACAUUUAACGAUCGAUUCUCCAAAAACGGUGAUGUUUCAGACGUACAGAGUUCAGAUUUCUAGAAGUUCUUGGAGCAUCAGUGACCGAGACGAGUUCAGUAGAAGAACCUCAGAGUGGUUUAUGAAAAAUGAAAAUCAGCCAGUUAGAUUGGUUUUUUUUUUCUGUUUCUGAAAAUUAUGAUCAUGUGGGUAUCAGUUACAAUAAUAACAGAGUCAGUGUUGGAAAAACUGCAGUCACAAGGAAAGUGUUAGUUGGAGUUACUGCGGAAAAUGAUGUCAGCAUCACAGAUCUGGUUAUUCAAGGUCUUUGAUUUCAACGGAAAACAACAAAACAAAACAGAGACACAGAGGAAAAGAAACAGGAAGUGACAGCGUUGUGUGUGUGUGUGUGUGUGUGUGUGUGUGUGUUUAGCACACAUACUGGACAUAUAUGAACUCCACCACACUUGGUGUGUUUAGUCAAAAAAUGUUUACAGGAUUUUGAGCACUACGGAACUUUUGGUAACAAAUAGUGUGUGUGUGU